GGACGUGUUUUAGCCGCAAAAAAAGAAACGAAAGUGAAAAAGCGGUAAUCAGCGGGGAGAAAGUGACGUUUGUUCAUUCAUAAAGCGGUGUCCUUUUACGCGAAAGCCACAACAAGCUCGCAUCCUAAAGGACAACGACAUCUCGCUCGUGUGUGUGUAUGAGUACCUCUUGUGUAUAUUUUUGUGCCGACAGGAAAUACUCGAGCAAGGUGAUACGAGAAAACACAUAAUAAUUGCAAAGGACAACCAAUUUAGUUGAUGUCCAUUCAGUUUUGCCGCGCGGCGGAGGAGGAGGCUAAUGCAUUUCGCCCGGGAUAAAGUUAUACCAUUAAGGCGGCGUGAGGUACAUAUGCAAAUGUCAGCUUGUUAACGACAAAGUUGAAUGAUUGAAAAUGCAAAUUGCGACCGCAACUGACUUGCUGCCGAGGAUGUAUCCUGCAGUAAAAAACCAACAACUACAGCAACAGCAAAGAAAACAAGAGUGCAGCUGCACCACAGCCACAAAUUAACCCACCGGCGGUGCCGACAACAACUAGUUAAAGUGGCGGAAAUGACACAGUCAAAAUGUAUCGUUGCAAAAAUUGGUUUUGUGCGCGCAGCAACAACAACAACUACGUCGAUGUGGCACUAAAUGAGGUGCCGCCCAUCCACGCAACACCAACCGGAACAACAACAACAACAGCAACAGCAACAGCAACAACAACGCCAAACAGCCGCAACAACAGCGCAAGCAACAACAACAACGUGCGGAGUAAUAGCAGCAAAAGCAAUCAGCAGACAAGCGCAACCACAGCGGGUCACAGGGCUGUCACCACCCACCACACGAACCAUCCGACCCACCCGAGCCACCCCAACCACCCGGGCGUCCAUUCAACCGAUGAGGCUUCGCCGCCACAGGCCCACGUGGUCACCUUUCUGGACGACACCACCGCAAGCGGCAGCAACGGCACCGUGACCAGCAGCCGGCUGGUCACCACCGCCGAACUGCACCAGGCCCACAUGCUGGAGCACCACUCGAACCUCGACGCCAUCGAGCAGGCGGACGACUUCAUCUACGGCCCGGGCGCAGGACUCUCGCUCUGCGACGACAGCCUGCCCUCCGCCAAAAACUGCUACCGCCUCGUGAUGCUCGGCUCAUCACGCGCCGGCAAGUCGUCGAUUGUGGCACGUUUCCUGGGCAAUCGGUUCGAGGAGGCCUACACGCCGACCAUCGAGGAGUUCCACCGCAAAUUGUAUCGCAUACGGAAUGAGGUCUUUCAAUUGGAUAUUUUGGAUACUUCUGGCUAUCAUCCGUUCCCCGCAAUGCGUCGUUUAUCAUUUCUAACUGGGGAUCUCUUUAUCCUUGUCUUCAGCAUGGAUUCCCGCGAGUCCUUCGAGGAGGUGGUGCGCCUGCGGGAGAAUAUCCUCGAAACCAAAUGGGCAGCCCUGAAUCCUGGCUCCGGCUUCAAGAAGAAAAGUCUUCCGAAGAUACCCAUGAUUUUGGCUGGCAAUAAAUGUGAUCGCGAUUUCAAAACCGUUCAAGUGGACGAGGUGAUGGGCUACAUCGCUGGCCAGGACAACUGCUGCACCUUCGUGGAGUGCUCGGCUCGUCAGAACUAUAGGAUUGACGACCUGUUCCACUCCCUGUUUACGGUGUCCAAUCUGCCGCUGGAGAUGACUCCCAAUCAGCACCGGAGGUUGGUCUCCGUGUUUGGAGCUCCAUCACCUCUUCCUCCUCACGGAUCGGCGGUGGGAGGAACCAAGAAGAACGCGCUCUCCAUCAAGCGGAGAUUCAGCGAUGCCUGCGGAGUGGUGACCCCGAAUGCAAGGAGACCCAGCAUCCGCACGGAUCUCAAUCUGAUGAGAUCGAAGACGAUGGCUUUGAACGAGGGCGAGGGGGUGAGGAGCCCCUCGCGAUGGAACCGCUGCGCCCUGAUGUAGAAACCGAGGACAGUGUGAUAGUAGUGACGAGGGGAUCCUUGAGGAUAUUAGGGGAAUUCCAGGGGAUAGUAGGAGAAUUCCCGCAAGUGGAGCAGCAACUAAUUAUAAACGCAGCGUUUGGGUGAUUUCGAUAUUAUAGUGUAAAUACUCGUUUAGUCAGGCCGCGGCAAGUGUGUUGAAACUAUUUAUUAAUUAUGCAUUUAGCACAUUCUCGCCAGCUAUGGACAAAAGAGGCAAAAACCGCGCAAAAUGUACUUGUUUCGCAAUGUUUCGCAUAAUUUAAUUGAAAGCGAUACUUGCAUUACAUGCCGAACAGAAACAUCCACUUACCUCUGCCUGCCCGAUGUCCAAUCUGAAUUAUCCUACGCACUCGAUGCUCAGUUUUCCUCUUAAUUUAUGUAUUCAAUUUUCAAUUUUAAUUGUAUUUGUAAUUGUGAUCGUUGUAAUUGCACAUUUACUUGACGCACACAGAAAAAAAAAAACAAAAAGCAGAGGACAAUAAUGUUAAAUCGUAUUUGAAAUUGCGUUAAUCGCAGUUGUUACUCAAAAUUUAAUUUAUAGAUUUAACCAAUUGAAUUUACAAGAAUUUAUAUUCAAGCUAAUUUAAUGUUACCGUUGAUUGUUGAAGACACCAAUUUGAAUAUUUGACCAUAAGUAAGACGUUCUGUUUCGGCACACAACUAAACUCCACUGUCAAACAUCAAAAUCUAAAGAAAGAUUGCAUAUCAGCCAAAACUGGAACCGAAACACACCGAAUCAAAACUUUUGAAGGGAAUCUUGACCAACUAACAUACAAACUAACUCUACUGUAACACUUGUACACCGAUCUACGCAAAAUCUAAGCCCAACUAUGGUUAACUAUAUUGCAAAAUGGAAAACAUAUAUGAUACACACUUCUAGCGUUAAACCGAAUUUAUCAGAUCUGUUCUCGAUUCGAUUUCGGGUCCCAUAGGGCGGAUUUUCAAUCGAGAACAGCUCCGUAAGUUUAGCAAAUUCGAGUUUCAAUCUAACCUAAGCAACAGCAACAAUUUUCGCGAGUUUAACAUUUAUAAAGUAUUAUCGAUAAUGGAACUACAGAACAUAUGUGUUUCAUCGCGGCAUGAAACCAAGACCAAAUGAAUAUUCUAGCUAUACUUACCAGCGACAUUAAUGCUAACCAAAAAAUAUGUAUUAACUUACAAGUUACUGAGAAUUCAAGCAUAUUUAGGCAAAUAUCGUUAAUAAUAACAUUAAAACGCAAAGUGCAAAUAUUUACAAAAUUCGCGUUGGGCCAAAGUGCACUAAAGUAAAAUAAAAUUAAAAUAAGAAUAAUAACCGGGAGAUUUGUGCGAUUAUUCGCCAAAGUUAAAAUGAUUUACGAUU